UCUCCACGCUGCCAAGUGGCUGAGUUUUUCUUUCGGGUAGUUUGAGAUGGCCCGGACCAAGCAGACUGCACGCAAGUCCACCGGUGGCAAGGCGCCGCGCAAGCAGCUAGCCACUAAGGCGGCUCGGAAAAGCGCGCCGGCCACUGGCGGCGUGAAGAAACCUCAUCGCUACCGUCCCGGAACCGUGGCUCUGCGCGAGAUUCGCCGCUACCAGAAGUCGACUGAGCUGCUGAUCCGAAAGUUGCCUUUCCAACGCCUGGUGCGAGAAAUCGCUCAGGACUUCAAGACAGAUCUGCGCUUUCAGAGUUCCGCGGUGAUGGCCCUGCAGGAGGCCUGCGAGGCCUACUUGGUGGGGCUCUUUGAGGACACCAACCUGUGUGCCAUCCAUGCUAAGCGAGUGACUAUCAUGCCCAAAGACAUUCAGCUCGCUCGCCGCAUUCGUGGGGAGAGAGCGUGGGACGUCAGUCACACGGAUGUUCACAGGUCAAUUUCUGGACAACUUCAAACGAACAAACCUGAUCAAGAUAAUUUCACCUUCACCCCCUUGCACAUACUCCUCACCCUCUGCUUCAGGCAUAAUGUCCGGGGCCUGUGUCAUCUGAGGAAGCCGCAUCGUUCUGGGGCUGCGGGUCCUGCAGGGUCAUUUCCUUUAUUUUUGGUACUGGGUUGGGUUCCAGCCACGCCAUGUGCCCUCGGACACGGCGUGCUUGGCCAGUUCCCCAGGCAGCAGCAGGCGCACGGCCGUCUGGAUCUCCCUGGAGGUGAUGGUCGAACGCUUGUUGUAAUGAGCCAGGCGGGAAGCCUCGCCGGCGAUGCGCUCAAAGAUAUCGUUGACAAAGGAAUUCAUGAUCCCCAUGGCUUUGGAGGAGAUGCCGGUGUCGGGGUGGACCUGCUUCAGCACCUUGUAAACGUACACGGAGUAGCUCUCCUUGCGGCUGCGUUUACGCUUCUUGCCAUCCUUCUUCUGCGCCUUGGUCACCGCCUUCUUGGAGCCCUUCUUCGGGGCGGGAGCGGACUUAGCUGGAUCAGGCAUUCCAACAAGAUAAAGAUUCGGACCAAUCAGAAGGACUUUGCCUUUAUAAAUAGGAGUAAGAACAACUGUUUGUUCAGUUGUGACCGUUGCUUGAAACCCAUUCCUAUGGCCCGCACGAAGCAAACAGCUCGUAAGUCCACUGGCGGCAAAGCCCCGCGCAAGCAGCUGGCGACUAAGGCAGCUCGCAAGAGCGCGCCAGCCACCGGUGGCGUGAAGAAGCCCCACCGCUACCGGCCUGGUACUGUCGCCCUCCGUGAAAUCCGCCGCUAUCAGAAAUCGACUGAGCUACUGAUUCGCAAGCUGCCAUUCCAGCGUCUGGUACGUGAGAUCGCGCAGGACUUCAAGACCGACCUGCGCUUCCAGAGCUCCGCGGUGAUGGCGCUGCAGGAGGCCUGCGAGGCUUACCUGGUGGGACUCUUUGAGGACACCAACCUGUGUGCUAUCCACGCCAAGCGAGUGACUAUCAUGCCCAAGGACAUCCAGCUCGCUCGCCGCAUUCGCGGAGAGAGGGCAUAAGUUGUACUGAGGGUGUGUGCCAACUUAAACCAAAGGCUCUUUUCAGAGCCACCAACAA